GUCUGGCAUUCCGUAAAACAAAAAUCGGAUAGAAACUCGUACCAAGUCAAAAUUUCAGGCUGUUUAGAUAAGUGUUUGGAAGAAAUCCUGAUGCCACCACUCGAGGAAAAGGCGGUUAGGGCGGAGGAGGCGUGGCCGUUGGAUGCCCAACUUUAUCAACCGCCCGAAAAGAACCAACUUUUGCUGGCAGAAAGCGCCAGUUGUUUGGCUGUGAAAACCUAUCUGCGCAUGUGCAACCUUCCGUUUUCGGAGCGAGUUUGCGAUAAUGCGGAGUUUAUGUCGCCCGGAGGUCGCCUAACCCACUUGCCACUCCUUCGUUUGGGCCCAGUUAAGACUUUUGCGGAAUUCGAACCGAUUGUUGAACAGGUGGAAUCGAUGCGGGCGGGGAAUUCGUUGAGCAGCUGGAUGUCCGAGGAUCAGCGAGACGAUAUGCGAUGUGUGCUCAACCGAGUGGAGAACGUCUUUACACUGGCCGAAAUGCACAUGAGCUACGUGGACACGAUUAACUAUCAACUGUACACGGCUCCGCGAACUGGAGCAGCUCAUCCCUGGCCAUUGAGCAUGAUUCGUCGGCUUGCCAAGCAGAAGGACGCCCACAAGAUCCUCCAGGUUUACCAGUGGCAGGAUAUGGACAACGAUGAGGUGCUCCACCAAGUGGGAUCUUGUGUGGACUCGCUGAUUUCGCAACUGGAGGAGCAUCCGGCGGAGGAGUUCCUCUGUGGCCCGAAGCCUUGUGAGCUGGAUGCCUUGGUCUUCGGCCAUGUGACUGCCAUCCUGACCACCAAGUUGCCCAACAUGGAACUGGCCGAGAUCCUGGCCACCUAUCGCCGUCUUUUGGCCCACUGUCACAGCAUCGAUUGGAAUCUGUUUGGUGGAUUACUCCUGAGCGGCGGGGAACGGGAGGAGCACAAAUAAAAUUAAGAAAAGACAGGACACAACCAUCUCCUCUUCCCCUUUUUCCCCUCUUCAGUUCCCCCGCAGCCGGAACAAAGGAUUCUUAUUGUUUUUUUAUUUGGCCAGGGGUCGGGAAGCCAAUCAAAAAUAUGCAAAGCAUUUACAAUAAAAAUGGCAGACAAGCCGGUGGAGUGGGCUCUUUUUUAUAGGGAGUGGCGGAGCCAGUCGAGCCGGAGAUAAGCCAGCCCAGAAUGCCAUAAAAUACAGCAACAGACAAGGCAUACACUGCGAGAAAAACCCAUUGCACAACUUAUAGUUAAUACUUAAAUUAAUAAAGCUACUUUGGAAGCAAAA